UGUUUAUGAUUGAAAGAAAGCAUGUUAGUUGUUCUAGAACACCUUAAAGCCUCCUUUGUUGAAUAAAACCUGACCAAUAAAUCCCACCCCAAAAUCUACAACUCUACUUUCCUGGAUCCAAUCAAUUCACCUGCGAAAAUGGCGAUAUCGGUCAUGGCAUCCGAUAUAAUAAUGCAAGUACUCUUCAUCUUCACCUUGAUCUUCAUGUUCUUAUGGACCCUCAACAUACCUCAAAACCUCUUCAACAACUUCCGCUACCGCGACAGAUCCAUCUACGCCGCCAAGCGCCACUUCGUCCUCGGCGCCGAUCUCUUAUCCCGAUCCAGAUCCACUGGCGACCGGAACCUCGCCAAAUCCGCCGCCGAACACGCCGAUAAAUCCAUCGCCAUCAACCCAAACGACGCCGCAGUGCAUAUUCUCAAGGCGCUGGCGCUCGAUCUGCAAGGAUUUACCACGUCGGCGCUCGAGGCGUUGGAGGCGGCGCUGUCGCCGUUGACGGCGAAGUCGUUGAGUGACGGUGAGAGGAGUGAUGCGUUGUGUAAGAGGGCGGAGAUUAAGAUGAAGAUCGGUGGUGGUGGUGGUGGAGUGGAGGCAGCUGUGGUGGAUCUGGUGGAGGCGGUGCGGUUGAACGGUGGUAACACGGCGGCGUUGCGGUUGUUGGGAGAGUGUUAUGAAAAGAAGGGGAUGAGUGAGGAGGCUUUGAAGGCGUAUGUGGAGUUGUUGAAGGUUGAGCCGCGGUCGGCUUUUGGUCAAGACGCAGUUAAGCGCUUGCGUUCGGGUUCGGGUUCGAGCUAAUUGUUUGUUACCUAUAUGUGUUUAGGUCAUUUGGAUUCGGUUUUGUUGUAACAUUUGAAUAAUUAUGAGAGGAUUAUUUAAACUCGAUAUAUGUUGAAUAGGCGAUUUAGGGUUUAAUUGAAGUAUACUAUGACUGAUUGGUUGAUAAUACAAAUAUACUGUUAAUUUAGUCGAUUGUACUUUAAA